AUGGAGGCGGCUAAGACCCAGCUGGUGACUGCUGAGGGCACAAAUGCGUUCAAUGUUCACUGCCCGAGCUGUAAAUCCCUUAUUUUGAAGAAGGGGGUGGCCCAGAAGGUGGACCAUCAGACUGCGGUCGAACUUCCCCUCAUCCCCACCCAAUCUCCUACCAAACACUCCCUCGCCCCAACCUACAACUGGUCCGUCUCGGACAUGAUGGCCUUUGAAAACAUCGGCUUCACGAAACCCGUACCAGGCUCCAACUCGUCGUCGACGAGGUACCUCUCCUGCGCCGACUGCGAUGUCGGGCCGGUGGGGUACCAUCCUACACCCGCUGAGGGGGCGGGAAAGGUGUAUUUGGUGGCGGCGGAUAGAGUUAGGUAUAGGGUGGUUUAA